AUACACGAUUCUAAAGGGCCCCUCACAAACCCUAGCAGUCAAAAACUCCGCAGAGUAAAAAAAAAAAGAUGAAGGUGAUCGCUGCUUUCCUCCUCGCGAAGCUCGCCGGAAACGAGAAGCCGACCAAGGAUGAUCUGAAGAGCAUCUUCGAUUCCGUUGGCGCUGAGUUCGACGAGGCCAAGACAGAUCUGUUCUUUUCUCUCGUGAAGGAUCACGACGUGGCCGAGCUGAUCGCUGUUGGGAGGGAGAAGAUGGGGGCUCUAUCUUCCGGCGGUGCAGGUGUCGCUAUGGUGGCUGGAGGAGGAGGAGGCGACGCUCCUUCGGCGGCUGAGCCAGCGGCGGAGACGAAGAAGGUUGAGGAGGAGAAGGAGGAGUCGGAUGAUGGUGAAGGCAUGAUGAGUCUUUUCGAUUGAGUUUAGUUUAUGACAGAAGGCUUGGAGGAUCUGAUCUUGUCUGAAAUAUUUAUCGCUUUUAAUUUUGUUUUAAAUGAAUGGAUCGUUGUUGAUAAUACCUUUUUUAAGGAUUAUUAAAGACUUUGUUAUCUAUCGUUAAAUUAUCUAUUUUAUGUUACUCAGUUAUGAUUUUGUUGCCUGAAUGUUGAACACCACAGUUUCACCAUGCGUAUGUGCUGCUAAGAGAUUAUCAAAGUUGUUUCUUUGAUAAAUGGUUUUAGUAUACGUCUUUAAGUUUGGGGAUAA